UGUCUCUUGAAGAAAAAAAAACUUUUUUGCAUUCACUUCACCACCUCUCUUUCUCUCUCUCUCUCUCUCUCGGCAAAAAUGGAGGGCUUUGAUUUCUUCACGCAACGCUUCUUCCUUCUCAUGAUCACAGCCUUCUGUUUAUCAUCUUUUGUUUUAAGUCUCCAGAUGGGGGAAACAUGUAGUUCAAGCAGCCGAUGCGACGCCGGUUUGAGUUGCCAGAGCUGUCCUGCAAGUGGUAAUACCGGGUCUACUUGUACCCGGAUCCGACCUCUAAACCCGACUUCCAAGGUGAAUGGUUUGCCGUUUAACAAGUACUCAUGGCUAACGACACACAAUUCGUACUCUAUCACGAGUGCAAAAUCAACAAUUGGCUCAUUCAUCAUCUCUCCAAGGAAUCAAGAAGACUCCAUCACCAAUCAGCUUAAGAAUGGUGUGAGAGGGAUUAUGCUCGAUGUCUAUGACUUUAGAAACGAUAUAUGGUUGUGUCAUUCAGCAGCAGGGUCUUGCUUUAACUUUACAGCCUUUCAACCUGCUGUCAAUGCGCUCAAAGAGAUCAAUGACUUUCUUGAGUCAAACUUAUCUGAGGUCGUUACAAUCAUCCUGGAAGAUUACGUUACAUCUUCACGAGGCUUGACUAAGGUGUUCAAAGCAUCUGGAUUGAGUAAGUUCCUGUUUCCGGUUUCGAGAAUGCCGAAAGACGGUAAGGACUGGCCUACGGUAAAUGAUAUGGUGAAGCAGAACCAAAGGCUUGUGGUGUUCACUUCCAAGAAGGGUAAAGAAGCUUCUGAAGGUCUUGCUUACCAGUGGGAUUACAUGGUUGAAAAUCAAUAUGGUAAUGAUGGAAUGAACGAUGGAUCAUGCACGAACCGAAACGAGUCACCUCCAUUGGAUACGAAGUCUCGUUCUUUGGUUCUACAGAACUACUUUAUAACCAAUCCGAAUGCAACGCAAGCAUGCGCGGAUAAUUCAUCGCCGCUGAUCAAAAUGAUGACGACUUGUCAUGAAGCAGCUGGUAAAAGGUGGCCUAACUUUAUCGCGGUUGAUUAUUACCAGAGGAGUGAUGGUGGAGGAGCUGCAGAAGCUGUAGACGCAGCAAACGGUCGUCUGACAUGUGGUUGUGACACUUUAAGCCUUUGCAAGUCAAACGCAACUUUUGGAACGUGUGAUGCUCCUCCUCCAAAGGCAGCUCCGAAACCAGCAGCAGGAGGAGAGUCUACACGAGAUCCGAGCGAUCUUCCGGCGGGUAAUGCUGUUUCAACAGGAGUUGGAUUGGCUUCUCUCUUUAUGAUCUCUGCGGCGACUCUCUUGUUGUGGUGGUAGUUUGUCAUUGAAGCUAAUGUUUGUACUAAUAUGACACAAAAUGAUUUAGUUUUCACCCACGAAAUGAAUUAUUAUUGUGCAACGGAAACAAACUGAGGAAUGUUUGUAAAAAAGAGUGUAAUGAACUCAUAAAGUAGCAAAGCUGUUGUCAUGGUUACAUAUGUAUAAGAACUCUGUUUUCUACCA